GUGUUGACUGGUGCCUGGUAUCGGUGUAUAGUCUGCAAUGAAUGAACGUUUGCCUGCUUAUCACCUCCAAGACAGUUGCCCUCGGUAGAAAGAAACCGAUAUCGUAUCAAGUUCUUAGCUGGCCUUAAUCGCUCAAUGCUACAACGGUCAAGUUUUGCUUAGUAUCAAUCUGACCCUCGUGUAGUUUACAUCGAACAUUUGCCAAAAGUUCGAUUCGGGUUCGGUGAAUCAUCGUUUGAUAUUGCAAAAGAGGAACAUCUGUCGUGUGAACGAAGGGAAUUUGCGCGCGAUAAGGAGUGUAUGAUGUCAUAAGCCGCCUCGAGAGUUGAGAUUGUGUAGCAUCAGGCAGCAAAAGUAUGGAUGCAGCAGAUCGAAACAGUGCUUACCAGUUCCAAAGCUUGGCGCUGGCAGACAACAGUGACACCAUAAACACAUGGGCAGAUGGCGGCGAAUCGACGACGUAUGUAUCGGAAACGGAUACUUCCAUUAGCGAUCCGAAGAAAGUGAAGCGAAGAGUACGCAACAAUGUUCGAAGUGCCAGGGUCAAUUCUGCCUACACGCCUCACAAUCGUUUGUCACGAUACAAAACCGCGCUUAACAGUAUUAUACCGUUCCGAACUAGUAAUACAGGGACGAAAGAUCUCCCGGUGGACAACGUCGGCUGUGUAUCGAACAGUUCCUUUUCGUGGGUACGGAAGUUUCUCAUCACUCCGAAACAGCAGCAAACCUAUCAAAGUCUACCGACAAACGCAGCGAAUACGGCCUCAAAUGAUGCUUUUCUACUACCGGUACGUCCAUUCAGCGACAGCUGUGAGGAGAACUGUCGACGACUUCUCGGUAUCUACAAGUACGAGGAAAACCUGAACGGACGCAAAAAGGUCUCCAUGUUCAAAGUGGUCUGGCGGUUCACAAGAACUCGCCUCCUGAUAGCUUCGCUGUUCCAGUGCUUGGCCGUCCUGCUGGCCUUCAUGGGUUUACUAGUGUUCUCGAACCUUACCAUCGAGUCCAUGCAGACUGUGGUGACGAGAAGCUGUGCAAACUGUAGUGCCAUCUCUAAUUGCUCCAAUGUUCCCGCGAUGAUCCUCGGCAUUCAGUUCAGCAUGAAUCGAUAUGUUUGCAACAGUACAGCUAAGGUCGAUGCUUCCGAUGGCAGAGGUGAUCGAUUAUCGCUGUCCAUGGGUGUAUUCCUGUGUUUCUUCAUGGCGUUCAUGUUCAACAGUGUGAAAAAUUGGCUGAACCUCAGAACAGCGAUUCGGCUGAGGACCGCCAUUUUGUCCUCUGUAUACAAACGUGCUAUGAAGAGUAGUGUAAUCAAUCAGGUAUCAGCUCACCAGAUCAUAACUAUGGCGAAUGAGGAAAGUGAAUCCGUAUUUCAAAUCGUUCAAUCGGGUGUUCAAAUGAUUGGAAUAGUAUUUGGAAUCAUUCUGUCAUUCGUCUCGGGGUUGAUUCUGUUAUCCUUAUCCGGUAUUCUGCCUCUGGUGAGCUCUCUGCCUUUGCUACUCCUACUUUUGGUAACGGGAACUAUCUCGAAAACAUAUUACAGAAAGUUUCUUUCAUACGGAGCACUGAAGCUCUCUACGUUGGAAGACAUUUGUGUGAACUUCAAAAACGUGAAAACUCUUCAACUGGAAACAAUACUCUCCAAAAGGUUCAUCGACUACCUCAAUCGCCAGUAUCAAGCUCUUCAGUGGAGCAACAUAUACUCAACCAAAUUCUCCGGCGGCGUAACUUCCGCAAUUCUGGUUGGUGGACUCUAUCUAAUAUGGUGCGAUGUGAACAUAAAAACUGAAAGCACUGAAGUCCUGACACUGCUGUUGAUCUACGCCUAUCUUGUUCAACGGAUUACGUUGGACUUCUGCCUUUGUAUCCACCACAUCCUCCAGGGCAGAGCAUCGCUCGAAAAGCUCAAGCAGUCAUACCAACUGUCCACCCCGGAUAGCGUCCGUUUGAAGCCAAAUCGGGAGAAUUUGGCCAUUCAGAUGAAUAGUUUGGAAGCGGAGUGGCCUAGCAUGGACGGAGCAAAGUCCAACGGAUUCCGGCUAUCCUUGGACAGUUUUGAGAUCGUGCAAGGUCAAUUCAUCGGAGUGACUGGUAAUUCUGGUGCUGGAAAGACCACGCUACUACACACCAUACUGCGCAACACAGAGGUCAAGAAAGGAAAGGUUCUCCAGAGAGGUAAAAUCGCUUUCUUCCCGUCAAAACUUGUGCUCAUGAAUUCAAGCCUGAAGGAAAACGUACUGUUUGGAGAAUCGAUGGAUGCCAAGCGUUACUACUUUGCCGUUCAAGCCAUGAAACUCAACGAAGACAUCCUGCAGGCAGCCGGCGCGGAUGACAUACCAAUUACCUACCUGGAACUGACACCCCAACAAUUUGAGCGAAUCAUUUUAGCUCGCGCGAUCUAUUGCAAUCGGCAGAUUGUGCUCCUAGACGAACCGUUUACGCGCUACACGAACCACCGUGAAGCGAAAGAGCUGUUCCUACAGUUGAUGCACUUUUUCAAACAGGAUCAUAAAACCGUCAUCAUGGUAACGCGAUGUGACGAUUUUCUUCAACAUUGCGAUCGUGUUUUCCGAAUGGAUGAUGGCACCAUUUAUCGCGAAGGCAGCUAUGCUGAAAUUCUGAACAUGCCGUCACACGUGGAGAUGACACGAAGAUGCAACCUGGAAACGUCUUGCCGCAGUGAGUUCGAAUCGUACGAAGGCAGCAAUCCAUUUGCAAUGUACAUUGCAAGAUCCGAUAACUGCAAAGCAAAUCGACGUUCUAAGCGACUCAGCAACGGAAUUACAACUGACGAUCCAUCCAAAGAGGUCAAGAUAGCGGCCGACAUCCGAAGCUUCAGUAUCUGCGAUUACGUAACCCUCACGAUCCUUCAUCUGAUCAACAAUGUUCUCUACUUUGGACCGAUUUUCACAUUGGUGGUCAUCGUAGAGCAAGGCGAUAUCAACCCAUGGCUAAGCAGCAUUUGCUUGGGAAUCAUCUGCUGCACAUUCCUCGUGGACAGCUUCUCCAAGAUCUAUGUGGCUCGAACGACGGCUCAUCGGAACAUAUCCUACCAGCAAUCGCUGCUUCAAACGGUGAUGAAGAGUUCUUUGACACAGCUCCUGUCGACCAGCAUAUCGGACAUGGUAAAUCUGUUCACGGACACUGUUUCAACCCGGUUUUCCCUGAUCAACAACUGCAUCCAUUACACUUGGAGCAUUGUACUGUCGACAACUUUACUCGUGAUUGCCAACUUCUGGACGGCGCCGAUUGUUCUGGUUUUGCUGGUGGUGGCUGUAGUGCUGAUCUUCGUCGUUAAAUAUACCAUGAAUCAUCUGUGCAACCACGAGCAUCAUUCGAAGAGGCGCAUGUUUGCGAUUUUGACUAAUCACCUGAACGGACGCGCUGUUAUGCAAUCAUUUGAUCACGUGUCCAACUUUGUUCAUGAAUUCUAUGAAAAUGUGGAAGAGAACAGCACCACAAUUUUCCUGCAAAAAUCAAUACAGCAUUUUGCCGAGUUUUGGCUUAACUUCACCUCCUACUUUCUCGGACUCAUCGCACUUCUGCUUAUUCUUCUGUUAACGCCCCAAUCGGAACUGUCAAUUCAUCGAUACGUCCUAGCAAUGUUCUCUUACCUUAACCUUGUCUACGGAAUACAGAAGUUUAUGGAGAACAUUCUGUCCGUCACAAUCGCUAACAGGAAAAUUGAAAUCCUUCGGAAUAACAUUAAGGAUCUACAAAUAAUCGAUGAGAUUCAUCGACCAACAUCAUUAACAAAUUCCGAUAUUGGUGUGUCGGUAACGUUCAAGGAUGUAGCCUACCGAGUGGCUAACCAAAAACUUCUCCGAAUUCCUAAACUGAAAAUUCAAGCAGGUGAAACCGUUGCCAUCACCGGUACCGGUUCCAGGCUCAUCGUUCCGCUGCUGUGCCGCAUGUUUGCACCCAAUCAAGGCGUGGUCAGCUUGAAUCAAAUCGAUCUUACUCAUUUGAGUAUCGCUCAGCUAAUGGAACAGAUCGGCGUAGUUCCGUGGGACCCAAAGGCAUCCGGCAUCAGCGUGGGGAGCUUCCUGAACCCGAAUGGGAAAAUAGCUCCCGAGCAGAUCAACAACGUGCUGAUCGAGGUGAAACUGUUCGAAACUGUUGCCAGACUGCCGAACAAGAUCGAUGAUAUGGUCGAUAAACUAUCGCUCGGAGACAGGCAGCUGCUGUGUUUGGCACGGUGCUACCUCAGGAAACCGGCGCUCCUGAUAGUGGAACAGAUGCAUCCGGAAAUCAUCGAUAUCGUCAGCAGCGCGGUCAAGUACAAGUUUGCCGAACAGACUGUCAUCAUCAUCGCUUCCCACGAGGUUCAAUACAGGAACAUCUGCGAAAGGCUUAUAAAUUUGGAUAAUCUGUGAGAGUAAAAGCAUGGACAAGGUUCGGUUUGGAUCACAAAAGACAAGUUUUUUUUUCUAAAGUCGAAUACUUUAUUUAUGUUCAAGGAAAAAGAACCACAAAUCGUUUACAAAUAAAUAAAAACAGUGAAAUAUAUAUGUAUUCAUGUAUAUCACGAAUAGUUUUUUUCUUUUUUUUCAUUUUUGCUUCUUUUUUUGGGUAUUUUUUUAUCUCCAAACAUUACUCGGAUCUGAUUUAAAUUUUUCCGGUCACAUGGUAUUGUUUGUCGUUUUUGUCUCUUUUUUCUUCGACGGGGAAAAUAUUACUAUUAAGCAGCAAAA